AUGUCGAAAAAGUGUGACGUGCGUGCACUUAGCGAUGGUGCACUAGCCGAGUUGGCCAACUUGAUUGUAUCUACUUUGGGUUAUGCUAAAUAUGCACCAGAUGUGCAUCUUGACAUUGAAGUUGUCAUGGUGGAAAUAAACCAAUACCUAGAAAUAUGUGGGGCUACAUCAAAUAUAUAUCAGGAUCUGCUACGCGUGAUACUUUGCUCAGACUAUUUGGAUGCAAAUAUGCGUUUUACUUGCCUGCAGAUGUUACUCAAUUGCAGUGUAACUUUUCUCGUGACAGAUGUAUUCCCCUUUUCCUACUACCAGAAAAUAUUACAGGUAAUAGCAGCACAAGGAUCUGGCUUACGUGUACUUAAUCUUAAAGGUGUUUGGGUUAAAGAAGAGCAUAUGCAUUACAUGUUCGAAAUAAUUAAAAAAUGUCAGUACCUAACAAAAUUAUUUGUACCAUACAUAGCAAACGAUGACUUGCUUGAAGUGAUCGCUAAGCAUAGCAAAAACUUACGUAUACUGGAUAUUUCCGGAGAAACAGAUGUUACCGAAAACGGUAUUUAUUCACUCAGUAAUGGUGUUUGUUGUCAGAAUCUUGCUGUAAUAGACGUUGGCAUGCCCGGCGAGGAAAAUAUUUGCUACUCUGAU